UAGUGGUUGUUUUAAAGCGUUUAAACCUUAAUAAUGGAGAAGACGCCUGUACCUUUGCGGUGCUUUCGUGAUUGUCAUCAUUUUGAGAUGUUUAGUGACGAUGGCAUAGAAACAGAGACUUCACGAGAGCAGAAAAAAGUCGAGCGCACAGUUCAAGGGGUAUUCAGUGUUUACCAGCAAAUACACAGCUCACCGCAGCCUGCUUUACUGAGAGAGCAGCACUAUCAAUAUCUCAAGAAAGGUUUACGUCAUCUCUCAGAUGCUUAUGAGUGUUUGGACGCCAGCCGGCCUUGGCUCUGUUACUGGAUCCUGCACAGUCUGGAGCUGCUUGAGGAGCCUGUGCCUGCCUCCGUGGCCUCUGAUGUCUGUCAGUUCCUCUCCCGGUGCCAGAGCCCGACAGGGGGCUUUGGCGGUGGCCCAGGACAGCACGCCCACUUAGCACCCACCUACGCUGCCGUCAAUGCCCUCUGCAUCCUCGGCACAGAGGAGGCCUACAAUGUCAUUGACAGGGAGAAGCUCCUGGACUUCUUGUACUCUGUGAAGCAGCCAGAUGGUUCCUUUGUGAUGCAUGUGGGUGGGGAGGUGGAUGUCAGGAGCGCGUACUGUGCAGCGUCUGUGGCUUCUCUCACAAACAUAAUCACGCCAACACUGUUUGAAGGAACUCACAACUGGAUCCUUAGGUGUCAGAACUGGGAGGGUGGUCUAGGUGGAGUUCCAGGUCUGGAAGCCCAUGGGGGCUACACCUUCUGUGGCACUGCGGCCAUGGUUAUCCUGGGAAAGGAGCACAUGCUGGAUCUCAAGGCUCUAUUACGCUGGGUGACCAGCAGGCAGAUGCGAUUUGAGGGCGGUUUCCAGGGACGCUGUAACAAACUGGUGGACGGAUGUUACUCCUUCUGGCAGGCAGGUCUCCUGCCCCUGCUUCACAGAGCUCUCUUCAAAGAAGGAGACUCGACGCUCAGUCUGAGCCGGUGGAUGUUUGAGCAGCAGGCCCUGCAGGAGUACAUCCUGCUCUGCUGUCAAAACCCUGCAGGGGGCCUACUGGACAAACCCAACAAAUCAAGAGACUUCUACCACACAUGUUACUGUCUGAGUGGCCUCUCAAUAGCACAAUAUUUUGGGAACAGAAACCUCCAUCACGAGCUGCUCCUUGGAAGAGAAGAGAAUAAACUGGCACCAACUCAUCCCGUAUACAAUAUCUGUCCUGAGAAGGUAGCACAAGCCAUCCAGCACUUUCACCAGCUUCCAGUCCCAGUUCAGAGAGGAGAUGACGCAGCAGCAGCAGCCUGUGCUAUGGAUGACUCAUAG